AUGGCGGACGCUUGGAAACGUGCAACGAAGGUAGUUUUUGACGUGUUUUUGUCUUGAAAUAAUGCUUAAAGUGCUAAAAUGAGCUAAGAAACAAGAGAUCCGCUAAGAAGCAAUGACUAGAGCUAAGAAGGAAGAGGUUUCGGCCCACUUCCUGAAGUUAAAAUCUGGUGAAUUUGACCUUGAGAGUAUCCAUCAUCUUGAUCUCAGUGACAUGGGUAUACAAGACCUAAGUAUUGUUGGUAACUGUGCUGGCAUGGUGUACCUUAACUUGUCACAUAACAGAAUCAAGAGCCUGAAACCAUUGGGUGAUUUGAAGUUGUUGGAGAGACUUGAUGUGUCUUGUAACAAUAUAUCAGCAUUAGAUGGAAUAAGUGACCUUGAGGGCCUCAUAUCCCUCAACCUUGCAGGAAAUAUGAUCAUGAGUAUUGAGGAUCUAAAGUGUUUGUCAAAGCUUAGCAAAUUAAGGAAGCUACGAUUGAAAGAUGAUGUCCAUAAUUACUCAAAUCCAGUUUGUCAAUCAGCUAGCAACUACAAGAAAAGUGUCUCCGAAGUACUUCCACAACUUACUACUUUAGACGGGGAAAUUCUUCAAGGGAAAGGUAGUGAUGUGUAUAAAAUGUGCGAUGAAGUUGACGAUGCUUUAAAAGAAUGCGCAGUCAGUUUUGGUGACGCCUUUGCAUACAAAUCAGUUCCAUGGCAGACAGGGAUAAAGUCYGAUAAAGCACCUAACAGAAGCGUGGAGGAAGCUGAACUUGGUUUUAAUGAGGUGCUGUCACUUUGCAAAAAGGCUAAUGACGAGGCUAUGAAGAGUGUGAUGGAUGCUGACACUUCAAGAUGGACGUCGUAAAUCAUACACAGCACCAGAAAAAAAGGAACGAAUAGAAUACCCCUGCGAACAGAGUGUAUUUUACCUUACCUCAAUACAAAUUCGCGAAGGAAAAUUUUUUACUGAGGUAAGGUAAAURAUACUCUGUUCGCAGGGUACGAAUAGAAAUAAAAACAAGAAUUCUAGGAAUGAAAUGACAUUGAGUUAUAAAGAAUGAAAAUUCAUCAAGGUCCUGACGCAAGAUGUUUUACGAGUUGCACCAAUUUACGAAACGAGUUCUACAAGUUUUUUUUUCUGCAUUAAUUUCUAUUUUAAUUGUAUAAUGCGCUCUUCCAACAACGAGUUACACCAGUUAACGAGUUUUACGAGUUACACUGUUUUUUAAGCAUUCAUUUCUAUUUCAAUUGGAAAAUGCGCUUUCCAUUACGUGUUCCAUCGAAUUGACAACCGGAUGGACAGUGCCAGUUUAAAAGAGCCCAUGGAUUAUUGAGCUUAGUAUUACGAAAGAAUUGAAUAAAUACAGUGGGAAUUACAACGUUUA